UCAUCAUUAUGUCCGAGUUCGAAGUGAGUGUUCACACCUCACCUGGUCCCACCUGUGGAACCUUCAGCCGCCUGUGGCUCAGCCUGAUUGGCUCUCAGGGGGAGACUCCGCCCCUCAGCGUGAACGAAGGCGAGCGCCGUCUGCUGCCGGGAUCGGUGUGUCCGGUUCGGGUUCGGGUCAACGGUCCUCUGGGUCGUCUGGUUCUGGUCCGGCUCCGGCUGGAGGCUCGGCCCGGGUUCCCCGCCUUGGACUGGCACUGCAGCCGGGUGGAGGUCCGCGGGCUGGCUGAUGGACAGGAGGGGGCGGAGUCACAAACCCAGGUGUUCCUGUGCGACAGGUGGCUGCAAACAGCAGACGAAGACGUGGACCUGAGGACUGGGAAGUUGUGUUUGCUGCAGGACGAGACAGAAGAGAAGCUGCAGCAGCACCGACUCCGACAGCUGCAGCGUCAGCAGCAACUCAUCAGGUGGCGAAACGCUAUCGAUGGCGCUCUUCAGUGUGUCGACCUGAACAGUGUGUCCGAACUCGAGCCGAACCUGCGCUACACUCGCAAAAGCCCGACUGCUGACACGACCUACCUGAAGGGCUUCAGCUCCCGAGCCGAAGCCUGGACGAGCUUCUCAGAGCUGGAGACAGUUUUCAGCCAUAGUGGACACCAGAACAGCAUCGCCAGGUUCGUUCAGGCUCACUGGAAGGACGACUGGUAUUUCGGCCACCAGUGUUUGAAUGGCUGCAACCCUCUGAUGCUGCGUCAGAUCCACCUCGUCCCUCCAAACCUGUCCGUCACCACCGACUUGCUCCGCCCCUUCCUGCCUGAAGGCUCCUCCCUCCAGCUCGAGCUACAGAGCGGCAGGAUUUACCUGUUGGACUACGAGGUUCUGGACGGCAUCCCGGCCAACGUGGUCAACGGGAAGCAGACGUACCUGUCGGCGCCGCUGUGCCUCCUUCACCUGAACCAGCAGGAUCAGCUGGUGCCCAUCGCCAUCCAGCUGCAGCAGAACCCGGGCCCUCAGAACCCCGUCUUCCUGCCCUCUGACGCUGCCUCUGAUUGGCUGCUGGCCAAGAUCUGGGUGCGCGGCGCCGACUCCCAGUGUCACCAGCUGGUGUCGCACUACCUGAAGAGCCACCUGAUGGGGGAGCUGUGCUGCGUGGCCACGCUCAGGCAGCUGCCCCAGGUGCACCCGCUGCACCAGCUGUUGAUGCCACAUGUUAAGACGUUGCUGCAGAUAAACCUGCAGGCUCGAGGGUCUCUGCUGGCAGCUGGCGGUGUGUUUGAUCAGGCCAUGGGCUCCGGUCUGAAGACGAUACCCGUCCUGCUGUCACGGGCCUCGGCCAGGAUCACCUAUCGGUCGCUGUGCGUCCCCGACGACCUGAAGGACCGCGGCUUGGACAACCUGCCGCAGAGCUACUAUGCUCAGGACGCACUGAGGAUCUGGGAAGUGCUGCACAGCUUUGUGGUCAGCUGGCUUCAGUUGUAUUACAGCAAAGACGACGACGUUCAGCUCGACUCUGAGCUUCAAGGCUGGAUCACCGACAUCAACACACACGGCUUCACGCACAACUCAGGUUUCCCUCAGUCCUUCAACACCAGAGCUGAAGUGUCCAAGUUUGUCACGAUGAUCAUCUUCUCGUGUUCAGCUCUGCACGCUGCUAUUAACUUCUCACAGCUGGACUUCGCCCUCUGGAUGCCCAACUGUCCGAUGGCCAUGUUGCGUCCUCCUCCGCAGGUCAAAGGCAGCGUGACGGAGGACGACAUCUUGACCUUCCUGCCCGACGUCAGCUCCACCUGUCGCAUCCUGAUGUCGCUGACGAUGCUGUCGCAACCCGCCGUCGACUUUGUUCCUCUGUGUUGCUACAAGGAGGCCAUCUUUGCGGAUGGCGCCCACCGCAGGCUGGUGGAGGAAGUGCAGGCUCAACUCGCCGCCAUUUCUGAGGACAUCGCCGAGCGCAACAGCCAGCUGGAGAUGCCGUAUCCGUACCUGUGUCCGACACACAUCGAGAACAGCGUGGCCAUCUAACAUCAAUUCAUUCAUUCGGUUGUUUAUUUUUUAACUAAAUUGCGGUUGAGUAAAACAUAUCUAUUGAUAGAUUGUUUUAACUCAGGAAGACAAAGUGCCAGCAGUGGAAGAAGUAAGUCAUGUUAUUGGUUUAAAAAAAUAAACAUGUUUAUCAGCUUUUAAAGGUGAAGCCAGUUUUGAAUUAUUUUCUUCACAUGAUCAAAAGUCUUUAAUACCCAACAAUACACCAUGGUUUCUAUUCUGAUUAUAUUUGGUGUUAUUAAUCUACAUCUAGUUGCAUUUAGUAAAGUAAAGAAUCUGGAUGUCAACUGGAUUAAAAUAAAAUUAAAGUACAGGCACCUCAAAAUUGUACAAGUGCAGUUGCACACAUGCCUGUAAAUGUGAAUAAAAAAUGUCAAGUAGUAAAAUUAAGCACAAACCAACAAGUCGGUACGCUUGUUUACACUGAAUCUUUGAUUCUCUGGUUUUUCAUGUACAAUUUUAAAGGAUUUCUAACAUUAAUGAUUAAAUUUGUUUGGUAAAAAUGAGAUAAUAAUACUGUAGCCCUAAUAUUUAGUCACAUCAGUUGGUAUUUGAUAUAAUAUUAUCAGGUCUUAACAGUAAUAUUUAAACUUGCGGAAACCACUUUGACUCUGUUGUUUCAAAUGUGCUGUUUAAAUGACGGUGCUUAACAGGGCAGCUUGUACUGAAGAUAAUGAAAAAUAAAUGUUGUGACUAAAAAUGAAUAUAAAAGCACCUCCAGCUUUGCUCCUCUCAGGUUUACUUGCAGUGAACUGAGCAGAUGUGACACGAAUCAAACAAAGCAGAGCAUGUGAAAUCGUUUUAAUAAUAAAUCAUUCUUGCAUGCA